GCGGGAGCCGAGCGAGCGCGAUGCCGGCAGCGGCGGGGGACGGGCUCUUGGGCGAGCCUGCGGCUCCCGGGGGCGAUGGAGGCGCGGAGGACACGGCCAGGCCGGCGGCGGCCUGCGAGGGAAGUUUCCUGCCCGCCUGGGUGAGCGGCGUGUCCCGCGAGCGGCUUCGGGACUUCCAGCACCACAAGCGCGUGGGCAACUACCUCAUCGGCAGCAGGAAGCUGGGCGAGGGCUCCUUCGCUAAGGUGCGCGAGGGGCUGCACGUGCUGACCGGAGAGAAGGUAGCCAUCAAGGUCAUCGAUAAGAAAAGAGCCAAGAAGGACACCUACGUUACCAAAAACCUGCGCCGAGAGGGGCAGAUCCAGCAGAUGAUCCGACACCCCAACAUCACACAGCUCCUGGACAUCUUAGAGACAGAGAACAGCUACUACCUGGUCAUGGAGCUCUGUCCCGGUGGUAACCUCAUGCACAAGAUCUACGAAAAGAAGCGGCUAGAUGAAGCCGAGGCCCGCAGAUACAUCCGGCAACUCAUCUCUGCGGUGGAGCACCUGCACCGUGCUGGGGUGGUCCAUAGAGACUUGAAGAUCGAGAAUUUGCUAUUAGAUGAAGACAAUAAUAUCAAGCUGAUUGACUUCGGUUUGAGCAACUGUGCAGGGAUCCUGGGUUACUCGGACCCAUUCAGCACACAGUGUGGCAGCCCCGCCUACGCUGCUCCAGAGCUGCUUGCCAGGAAGAAAUACGGCCCCAAAAUUGAUGUCUGGUCAAUAGGCGUGAACAUGUACGCCAUGUUGACCGGGACCCUGCCUUUCACUGUGGAGCCUUUCAGCCUGAGGGCUCUGUACCAGAAGAUGGUGGACAAAGAAAUGAAUCCCCUUCCAACCCAGCUGUCCACAGGGGCCAUCAACUUUCUGCGCUCUCUCCUGGAACCAGAUCCUGCGAAGAGACCAAACAUCCAGCAAGCGCUGGCAAAUCGCUGGCUGAAUGAGAAUUAUACUGGGAAAGUGCCCUGCAAUGUCACCUAUCCCAACAGGAUUUCUCUGGAAGACCUGAGCCCCAGCGUGGUGCUGCACAUGACUGAAAAGCUGGGCUAUAAGAACAGUGACGUCAUCAACACGGUGCUCUCCAACCGUGCCUGCCACAUCUUGGCCAUUUACUUCCUGUUGAACAAGAAACUUGAGCGCUAUUUGUCAGGGAAAUCAGACAUCCAAGAUAGCAUCUGCUACAAGACCCAGCUCUACCAGAUAGAGAAGUGCAGAGCCUCCAAGGAACCUUAUGAGGCCUCUCUGGAUACCUGGACGAGGGACUUUGAAUUCCAUGCUGUGCAGGAUAAAAAGCCCAAAGAACAAGAAAAAAGAGGUGAUUUUCUUCAUCGCCCGUUUUCUAAGAAGUUGGACAAGAACCUGCCUUCUCACAAACAGCCGUCACCCUCGCUGAUCACACAGAUCCAGAAUACCAAAGCCCUGCUCAAAGACCGGAAGGCCUCCAAGUCAGGCUUCCCCGACAAAGAUUCCUUUGGCUGCCGCAACCUUUUCCGAAAAACCUCUGAUUCCAACUGUGUGGCUUCGUCUUCCAUGGAAUUCAUCCCUGUCCCACCUCCCAGGACACCAAGGAUUGUAAAGAAACUAGAACCACACCAGCCAGGGCCGGGAAGUACCAGCAUCCUUCCCAAGGAAGAGCCCCUGCUGCUGGAUAUGGUACGCUCCUUUGAGUCCGUGGAUCGAGAGGACCACAUAGAACUUCUGUCCCCUUCCCACCAUUAUAGGAUCCUGAGCUCUCCUGUGAGCCUGGCUCGUAGGAAUUCUAGUGAGAGGACACUCUCCCCGGGGCUGCUGUCUGGAAGCACAUCACCUCUCCAAACUCCACUGCAUUCCACGCUGGUCUCUUUUGCUCACGAAGAAAAGAACAGCCCCCCGAAAGAGGAGGGUGUGUGUUCACCACCUCCAGUUCCCAGCAAUGGCCUCCUGCAGCCUCUGGGGAGCCCCAACUGUGUGAAAAGCAGGGGACGGUUCCCCAUGAUGGGCAUCGGACAGAUGCUCAGGAAGCGACACCAGAGCCUGCAGCCUUCCUCGGAUAGGUCCCUAGAGGCCAGCAUGUCCCCUCUGCAGCCCACAGCACCCUCCAGCCUCUCCUUUGACAUGGCCGAUGGUGUCAAGGGCCAGUGUUAACCUGGGAUGGCAAGAUUCUGAGUCUCUGUGAGGACAGCCGUGGAAGAGAGCACCACACGUGCAUCGGGGCAUAAGUGAACAGCCUCAUGGGAGCAUCCUUUAUUCCUGCUACACGAUGUCCCACGCUCAUAUCAGCUAAAAUCCACAGACUCAACGUCCACACACUCACUUAGGGACCCUCUGAAAUGCUGGGGCUCUGGGGGUGGGGAGGGGCUGUAGGGAUCACACAUUCCAGCCUGAGAUUCUUUUUGCUACCACUAAUCACUGAGCCCUCUCCAGUAUCCCCAGUGGGCUCAGGGCUAAAAAAAACCCACACCUCCACCUGCUGGACCACUCAGAUUUCCAGACUGGUACUGGGCCUUGCCUCCCUCUGUUCUAUGUGUGCCUCUCACAGACUGCUCUGUUCAGUGGUCAGUUACAGUCUCACGAGGACCAAACCACUCACUGUAAGGAAGUCCACCCACCCUAGGGAUCCCACCAUAGAGGGAAGCAACUCCUUUUCUCCUAAGAGCCCCUACAGGAAAGCAGAGUGGUGAGUCACAGUGAUGGACCCAGAGGAAGAUGCGAUGAUGCCUCAGACAGAGAUGGAGCCCAUCAGGGAGAACCCAGGAGGGAGGUGAAGAUUCAAGCAAACGCUCAUUAUUGUGCAACGUUUGGACAGAUUUUUCUUUUCUCUCUUUCUUUCCCUGCCCCCCCCCCUUCUUCUUUUUGGGUUGAAACUUGCUGAGGAUUGAGUGAACUUGUCCAAAGAGAUUUUUCUUUAUAUGAAAUCAUUAAAUUUAAGUAACUUUUUUUUUUUAAAGACAGGGUCUCAUUAAGUAGCCCAGGCUGGCUUCAAACUCAUGAUCCUCCUGCCUCAGCCUCCAAAGUGCUGGGAUUACAAAUGUGUCUGGCUCAAAAUAGCAUUUUUUAAAAAACUAUGUGGCCAGAUGGAAAGUAGUUUUACCAAAUUCAUGGGGUUUUUUUAUUUGUUUGUUCGUUUGUUUUUCUGAGAGGCUACAGCUCAGAUGGCCAGAAAGCUGGCUUGGGAGGUAAUGGGAGGAACAUUGGAUCACACUGCCUGAGGAAUGACAUACUAGCCAUCCUGUGUUUACACUGUGGCAGCAGCAGAAGGCAUAGAACUUAGCUCCAGAUGGUUCUGGAGAAAAAGGAUUCUUAAGGCAGAGUUGAGACAGCAAGAAGCAGGGAAUUUGCUGUGUUGCGCUGUUCUGCCCAGGUUAGAACUUAGCUGUUCUUCUGGGAGCUAGGAGCAUGCUUGCCCCCUGCGAGCAAGUCCACACUUGUAUUCUGCACCUUCCCUUCCAGGAUUGAACCAAAGAUGCAUUUCCGGUUUUAUGACUGUGCCACCCCUGUGUGUCUUUUGUGGACCCUGCUGUUGUCUGAUCAUGUCCAGCUGGCAUUUGAUGGAGAACUGUCUCUGUGUGCAUCCUGGGCCCUGGUACUCAGCAGAGGACACUGAGUGCUGUUAUCAGGAGGGGAAGACUUGGCACAGGUUGGACCACAGCUAGUUCAGGAGAUGAGUUAUGGAACAGCCUAGAAUCUUCGGUGUUUGACUAAUUCAGAUGUGAUCAGAGACCAUAGCCGUAGCCAUGGAGCCAGGUUCAUCGUCUCGGUCCAUUGAUUCUCAAGUGGGCAACUUAAUGUGAAAUCACAAAGCCGGCCUUUGCCAGUGAGGGAUGAGACAUAGCAUUAACCGUGUCUCAUUUACCAGUGGUGGCCUCUCCCAGCUCCGACUGGACAAGAAGAGAACAUACAUUUGGCUGAUCCUGGAAGAAAGAUGCUCUUGGCUGAAUUUGGUAAGACCUGGACUACUUAAACCCUAAGGUGGGACUGACUCUUUCCUGAGGACCCAUUAGGAGGAGGCCAGUCUUCUCUCCCAGCAGCUGGUGGUGGGCUUCAUUCAGCAUGGCUUCAGUUCAGCUUCCAGGAUUACCACUGAAAAUAGAACUCUUUGAGCAGAGAGGAGAGGAGAGUCACCUACAGACACUCUCUAUUUGACGCGAUGUGUUUGAGUUUUGAUGGGUGAGGAGUCCUUUCUAAAGACAACUGCCAACUGCAGGUACCUGGCUCUGCAGGCUGGUAGAGAUGUGUACCUGUGUGCUGUGCCCCCACCUUCUUGUGGCCCCUUAUGUCUGUUUCUGGCUGUUUGCUUUUCUCACAUGUGUGUGUGCCUGUGCUGGUGUUAGCUCGUGGAGAAAGGGUUUCCCGUUCUUCGAAUGCUAAGAGAACAGCGUCAGAUGUACAACUGGUUGCCUGCAUUGCCACUGGUAACUCGGACUCUGAACUCAGGUUACCCAUAAGUACUCAGUGGGUAGUGGACCCACUGAGAGGCAAGUGAGAGCAGGAGGGGAGACAAGCUGCGUUUUGGGGUGCACACAAACACCUGACAGACAAGUCUAGGAAACCGAGUGAAAGAAAAAAAUGUUAAAUUCUUUAUUGUUUUAUUAUAUUUAUAUGGGAAGCUUGACUGUUCCUCUUGUUAAGUGCAGAAUGUGUUGUCUGUUUGGCCCAUGACUGUCCUUCGUGAAUGAAUCUUUGCCUGUGAUUCUAGUCAGCCUGGGGCUACUGAUGGGAAUGACCGAUCUGUCAUCAUGUUAAGUCCAGGAAGAAGAGUCUAUUUUAGUCAUACGAUUUGGUCAUGAGUAAGGACUAUAUUUAUGUCACCACUAUUGAAUAUAUGUACUUUUAUAAUGGCUGUGAAAUACACUUUUUCCUCACGAUG